ACAACAGCUGGUCUGUGGUCAAAAUAAUAAUUGCAUUUUAUGGACUUUAAUUUUAUUGAAAAAAGGAUUUAUUUUAAAUUAAUAUGCCGGAAAUUAUGAUACAUGGCAUUCCAGUGAAUUUCCCUUUCGAGCCAUACAAUGUACAAAAGGUGUACAUGGAAAAAGUGAUUGAGAGCUUACAAAAUAACACAAAUGCGUUACUGGAGUCACCAACGGGAACCGGGAAGACCCUCAGCUUGCUGUGCUCCUCGCUGGCGUGGUUAUUGGUGAAGAAGGCGCAGUUACAGAUGAAUGCUCAGCUGGGGAACUUCUCUGAGCAUAGCGGUCUUAGUGGGAAUCUUCGGGACAACCUCAAUAAAGCGAGUGCGGGAAAAGGGAAGGAUAAUACGACUUGGGGUAUGCCAAAAAUUAUUUAUUCUUCGCGGACACAUUCUCAGCUCACUCAAGCUAUGCAAGAAUUAAAAAGAUCCAGCUAUAGACAUGUUAAAGCAUCAGUGCUGGGUUCCAGAGACCAGAUGUGUAUUCACCCGGAAGUGUCUAAAGAAACCAACAAUAUGAAUAAAGUACACAUGUGCCAGUUAAAAGUGAAAUCUCGUACUUGUCAUUUUUACAACAACGUAGAAUCUAAAAAGGAUGACAGAUCCGUAAAAGGUGAUGAGAUUCUAGAUAUAGAAGAUUUAGUUAAUGCAGGGAAGAAAUUAAAAUGCUGUCCAUAUUAUUUGUCUAAAGAGCUCAAACAAGAAGCUGAUAUAGUUUUUAUGCCUUACAAUUAUUUAUUAGAUCCAAAAUCGAGAAAAGCAAAUGGAGUUGAACUUUUGAAUAACAUAGUUAUACUUGACGAGGCACAUAAUGUAGAGAAAAUGUGUGAGGAGUCAGCUUCCUUACAAAUAAGAACAACUGACGUUGCAUUGUGUAUUGAUGAAAUAACUCAUGUCAUGAAAUCAUUUGUUGAUGGGGCCGAUGAACAGAUGGAUGCAACCCUGGAUACUAAUCAGCCUAAAGACUUUACCUGUGAUGACUUAUGCAUAUUGAAAGAAAUGAUGCUGACUCUUGAAAAAGCUAUAGAUGAAAUAAAUGUGGGUACAGAAGGCAUCACAUUUCCUGGUGGUUUUAUAUUUGAGCUCCUCGCUAAAGCAGAAAUUAGGGAUCAUAACCAGAUGUCUGUGAUUACUUUGAUAGAAAAUCUUAUUCAAUACCUGUCCACAGCAAGUGCAUCUCCAUUCCAGAGGAAAGGGAAUGGAUUACAAAAGAUUGUUGAUCUAUUGAAUGUAGUAUUUAGUGGCACUACACAUACUUAUAAAGAAAGAGUAAAGCUAUGUUACAAGGUUCAUAUUCAAAUAGAAGAUAAGAAGAAUAACAAAAAGACAGAUGGCUGGGGUGCACUCAAAACAGCAAGUAGUAAAUCAGCUGAAAGAGUAUUAAGUUACUGGUGCUUCAGUCCAGGUUUUGGCAUGAAACUAUUGCUAGAUCAAAAUGUCAGAAGUAUUAUUUUAACUAGUGGUACUUUGGCUCCUCUAAAACCUUUGAUAUCAGAGUUAGGCAUUCCAAUUGGUGUGCAGCUAGAAAACCCACAUAUCGUUAAAUCGAACCAGAUCUAUGUCAAGAUUAUAAGUCAAGGUCCAGAUGGUGUCCCAUUGAAUUCAAAUUAUCAAAACCGGGACAAUCCUAAAUACAUUUCCUCUUUGGGUAGAACUAUCCUAAGUUUUGCCAGAGUUAUACCUGAUGGCUUAUUGGUCUUCUUCCCAUCGUACCCUAUUAUGACCAAAUGUCAAGAAAUGUGGCAGGCUGAGGGUAUCUGGUCGAGCAUUUGCAAGAUAAAGCCAAUAUUUGUAGAGCCACAGAGAAAAGACACUUUUAAUACUAUCAUAAAUGAUUAUUACAGCAACAUAAGUGAUCCAAGUACUAAAGGGGCUUGUUUCGUGGCAGUAUGUAGAGGCAAAGUGUCAGAAGGCUUAGAUUUUGCUGAUAUGAAUGGAAGGGCUGUGAUUAUAACAGGGUUGCCAUUCCCUCCUCUUAAAGAUCCAAGAAUAAUAUUGAAGAAGAAGUAUCUUGAAGAGGUUAGAGCUACACAAAAGGAAUAUUUGUCUGGUGAUGAAUGGUAUUCCUUAGAAGCCACUAGAGCAGUGAAUCAAGCUAUAGGACGAGUUAUCAGGCAUCAGAACGACUAUGGAGCCAUUCUACUCUGUGACACUAGGUUCAAUAAUCCAAAAUUGAAGGGUCAUUUAUCUGCCUGGUUGAAGGACUACAUUAACCUUUCCAACAAGUUUGGUGAGACAGUCGGGGAAAUUUGCAGGUUUUUUAAAACUGCUGAAACAUCUUUGCCAGCUCCUAAACUAAAACCUUUAAUGCCACAUGAAACAAAUACCAACUACAAUGAAAGCAGUACUGCUAGUUUAACAGGAGUUUCAUUCCCAACAGCAAAUGUGAGAAAAAUUAAUAAAAGUUCAAGUGAAAAGUCUGUCAAUCAGUACCCAAACUCUAAUGAAGUGUAUGCAGAUUUCUCAAUGGACUUUUAUAAGAAUGCACAGUCAUCAUCUUAUGUUAAUGAGUUUAGGCCUAAAGAAACAAAGGAUCUUUUUAGUGCAUUAGACAGCUAUUAUAGCAAUAAUUCUAAACCAAUAGCAACACAAUCAGUGGUUACAAUAGAUAAGAGAAAUGCAGAAGAAUCUAACAUCACUACAGUGCCAAAGAAAAAGAAGUUAAAAAUCAAACCUUUUGGAUUUGAAGAAAGUUUGAACAAUACUGAAAAAAAUGUGGAUGCAGUUGAGGAAAGGGUAGCUCCAACAUCUCUGAUAGAUUUUGUUAAAGAAGUGAAAACAUUUUUGGGUCAAGACAACUAUAAGAAAUUUCAAUCAGCAGUUUCUUCAUAUAAAAAAGAAGAAAAUUAUGAUCUGUUCAUCACUACACUGUCUGGUUUAUUGGAAAACAGAAAAUUAUUUUAUUUAUUUAAAGGCAUGAAAAGAUUUUUAAAAGGAUCCCAUAAAAAUAGUUUUCAAGAAUACUGUGAUAAUGUUAAGUUUCAAAGUUGACAUACAUCUUUAUAAAUUUUUUCAAAUAAAAUUUAGAAACAAAAUACAUUUUAACGUUUGUGUAUUGACUAAUAAAUAAUAGGUAUUAUGUA